AUGAACCUGUUUCGAUUACUAGGCGAUCUGUCGCACCUGGCGUCCAUCUUCAUUCUCAUUCAUAAGAUCCUCACAAGUCGGUCAUGUCGAGGCAUCUCGUUCAAGACGCAGCUUAUGUACACGAUCGUGUUCGUGACGCGGUAUCUGGACUUGCUGCACCCGCCUAGUGCCUACCUCAUCCUGAUGAAACUCUUCUUCAUCUCGAGCAGUGCCUACAUCUUGUAUCUCAUGAAGGUCCAAUUCAGAUCGCGCUACGAAACUGAUAUCGACUCGAUUCGCCUCGAAUACCUCCUUGGUGUGCCUGCGAUCCUGGCACUCCUUUUCCAUGUUCAGUUCACCUUCUUAGAAGUCAUGUGGUCGUUUAGUAUUUUCCUCGAAGCCGUCGCGAUCCUGCCGCAAAUGUUCCUUCUUCAGCGGUUGGGCGAGGCUGAGACGAUCACCACACACUAUAUCUUCGCACUGGGUGCUUACCGCGCCCUGUAUCUCCUCAACUGGAUCUACCGUUUCAUCUUUGAGAGGCACCAUCCAUUCCUGCUCAUACCAUUCCUGGCGGGUCUUGUACAAACCGGUCUGUACGGUGACUUUUUCUACAUCUACUUUACCAAGGUGAUCCAGGGCAAAAAGUUUGAACUCCCUGCAUAG